AUGAAACUGGUGUGUAAUGUAGAAGUUGUAAAUAGACUUCACGCUAACGUUAAUAUUAGAUCCAGUGGAAAAUAUUUAAAAUCAACUUUAGUUUUAGGAAAGGAACCUAAACGAGACAAAGAUUUUUUUCUAAUUCAUUUUUCGUCAGCGAAUAAAAGUGGAAAUAAAUACAGAAUAAAAUGUAUAAAGCAAGUGUUUGUAAAAUGUUUAAAUGAAGGAAAAGCUACAAUAAGAUUUGAAGAACCACCGCAUGACAUAUGUAUUAAAAGUGAAGCAAUACAAUUAAAAUGUUUUUUAAGAUUACUAAAGUCAUGUAUAACGGGUGAUACGGACAAUUCCCAGUUAAGUAACUUAGCCAAUAUAGGUGUUACAUCUGUAGAAAGUGCACCACUUAAAAUGACUAUUCGUGAUAGAAGUGAAUUUCCAAUUAAAGGCUUUCCUCGGACAUUAGAAUAUUUGUACUUAGCUGGUCUGAAAAUAUGUAACUUUCGAAGGGAUAUUUUAUUAUUGAACCGUCUUGUGCUCCUAGACUUAAGCAAUAAUGAAAUUGAGAAAUUUCCACCAGAAAUGGGAAGGAUGACAAGUUUGAGGGAGUUGUAUGUAUCUAAAAAUAAUUUAGGACUGAAUGUCGACUGGAGGUGGUUAUUAGGUCCAAAUAUAACUAAGACUCUCAAAUUGUUAGACAUAAGUGACAAUAAAAUUAAAUAUUUACCAAAAGCAAUAUGGAAAUUGGGAAAACUAGUUACACUGAAAGUAAAUAACAAUGAAAUAAGAAAAAUACCUGCAACAGUUGGGCGCAUUCAAACUUUAAGGUAUCUGGAUAUAUCGCGCAAUAAGCUGGAAUCAUUGCCAUGUAGUUUAUUGCAAUGUCGGUUGGAGCACAUAGACCUUUCGUCAAACAACUUCAACUAUUGUACACAAAUACAAUCUGAAGAAAAUAAACUAGGAGCAUGGCAACUCUACAUUAACAGUCUUAUACAUUUAGCUUCUAAAGUAGUGUUGAAACAUAAACUAUUUUACGCUCCUAACAUACUACCAUUAACAUUGGUUGAAUUUUUGGAUAAUGCUAACAUGUGUCUUUGUGGAAACCCUGUUGUUAGUGAUGAAUACUAUGUCGUUCGGGAAUUUGAACUUAAAGAUUACUUCAGGGUUGUAGUGUUUGAUAAUAACAGAAAUAGCAGUAUUAGAUUUGAGUGUUUCUUUUGUUCUUCGAGAUGUUAUAUUAAGUGA